ACACACAUUUAAGAAUAUCACGUAAAUAUUUACGUGAAUAUAGGCUCUUGUUGUUAUUUCUGAUAUUGUCAUAUAACCUUCCUUUUGGGUUUGAGGAUUGGUUCGUACCAUCUUGAUAUUUAGAGCUCUGAACGAUAGUAUGGCUAGUCGAUUAUUGUUUUCAUCACUGAGACAAGUGCAGAAACUUCAGAAAGCCUGUAUCCAUGGACGUAGCCGAAUUGGAAACCGUGAAGUUGUUGGGUUUGGUUUCAAUGGCCAGUAUUCAUACCAAGACAGAAUAGAUUUCCCAAUGCCUGCAAUUCGCUUCAAGGAAAGCACACCAGACAUUGUAGCUCUGCGAGAAAAAGAGAAGGGAGAUUGGCGAAAAUUGACCUUGGAGGAGAAGAAAGCCCUUUAUCGUGCCAGUUUUUGUAUGACAUUUACUGAAAUGAAUGCUCCAACUGGUGAAUGGAAGUCCAUCAUUGGAAUUGCAUGUGUAUUAAUAUCCAUUGGGAUUUGGGUUUUCAUCUUGGAAAGACUGUUUGUAUACAAAGAACUGCCUACAUCAUUCUCUGAAGAAAGCAAGAAAGCACAGCUGAAGCGUAUGAUUGACCUUAGAGUAAAUCCUAUAGAAGGCAUCAGUUCCAAAUUUGAUUAUGAAAAGGGAGAAUGGAAGUAAACUGUUGCAGUGUUAGGUACUUAGUUUGAUGUAGCAUCAAAAUCAGUGAUUAGUCAAUCCAAAUCCAUGCGUAAGAAAGAUAAUUAAGAGCAGUGUAUGUAUGUGUAUAUGUUUUAAAAUCUGUGAUUUCAUAACAUGAUAAAGUGUUUCAUUUGAAGGAAAUAAAGUUUCCAUCUUUUUGCUUUCAGUGUUCUAGUAAUGAAGAUUCUAGAGCAGCAUACCUUUAUAUGCUGUUUGGUGGAUGGAUGAUUAUAUGAUUGUACAGAAGCAGCAUAAAUAAGCUGAUAGUUAUGGAAUAAAAGUUAACUUGUUCAAAUU